AGCCUGCCGAGCUUAGCACGCACACGCACACACAGCCUCAGGUGCCUGCCUGCCUGGCGGUUGCUUAACUUUCCACCCAACCCAACAAGGAGGGAGCUACUGUACCACAACUGGGAUCCAGGAGCGGAAGCAGACUACCGCGUAUUGUCGAGCUCUUACCCAGGUUACUUUGCCACCACACCCCGGCAUCUCGCUCCUCAACGGUGGGUGGAAAAUAGGAAAACGCCGAGUUUGUUUUACUUCCGUAUGAAGAUGGCAUCAAAUGAGUCUCGGCUCCAACAGCCGCCAUCCCAGAAGGAUGCUGCUGACCAGAACUUUGACUACAUGUUUAAGCUACUGAUCAUUGGCAAUAGCAGUGUGGGGAAAACCUCUUUCCUGUUUCGUUACGCUGAUGACUCCUUUACCUCGGCCUUUGUCAGCACUGUUGGCAUUGACUUCAAAGUCAAGACUGUCUUCCGCAAUGACAAAAGGAUCAAGCUGCAGAUCUGGGACACCGCAGGACAAGAGCGGUAUAGGACUAUCACCACAGCCUACUACAGAGGUGCCAUGGGCUUCCUGCUUAUGUAUGACAUUACCAACCAGGAGUCCUUCAAUGCGGUUCAGGACUGGGCGACACAGAUUAAAACUUACUCAUGGGACAAUGCCCAGGUGAUCCUAAUCGGAAACAAGUGUGAUCUAGAGGAUGACAGGCUUAUACCUACGGAAGAUGGCCAACGACUUGGGGAAGACCUUGGUUUCCAGUUCUUCGAGGCCAGUGCAAAGGACAACAUCAACGUGAAGCAGGUGUUUGAGCGCCUAGUGGAUGUCAUCUGUGACAAGAUGAAUGAGAGCGUGGAGGGAGACGCUACCUUAGUGCCCAACCACAGGAACCAGAGCCUAAAAGACUCGUCUUCUGAGAGCCAACGGAACUGUGCUUGCUAAACCAUGCACGCACACUCCCGCACACACAAUACUGAUACUACUUCUUUGUGCCUCAACACUGGGAUUCGCCACUCCUCUUCCUCUGUUCACUGUAGCCACGCCCAUCACAAUAGGCAGCAAGCUGAGCUAAUCGUCAUCACCACUGUUCGCGUCCACGUUCCUUCUUCAGACAAGGUCUCAAGGCUCUUUUUCUUUUGAGGCCCGUCUGUGCCCUCUUCACAUGUGCUGUGUGUUAGGUUGAUAGUUCACUAAAGACUGCCCUCUGCUCUAUCCACAACCAUCAUCAAGCACCUUCAGUGGCUCUCGUGAGAUUAAUGCAUUACAGUGGAGCAUUUUGUCGGAUACAUCUACACAUGCUUUUGCAAUGAUGA